AGGAGGAGGGGCCGCCGUUGUGAGGCGGCAGCGCGGCGCUUGGAGCGGGAGAAGCCGGGCUGUGGUGGCGGGGCUGCCGCUUGUCGCCGUGGCAGCGCUGUGGUCGGACCCACGAUGGUGUCCAGAGCUGCAGACAGACUGCUGAUCGUUGUUGCUGUGCUGGAAGGACGCUGUUUUCCAAAACGACCCAAGCACAUGCUUGUAGUUGAAGCAAAGUUUGAUGGAGAACAGCUGGCUACUGAUCCUGUGGAGCAUACUGAUCAGCCAGAGUUUGCCACUGAAUUGGCCUGGGAACUUGAUCGAAAAGCACUUCAUCAGCACAGGCUGCAGCGUACACCCAUCAAACUCCAGUGUUUUGCAUUGGACCCUCUGUCUUCGGUUAAAGAGAAUAUAGGCUACGUUGUGCUUGAUUUAAGGGCUGUACAGGAAAAGAAACAGACACCGAAAUGGUACUCUUUGCUAAGUAACAAGUACACUAAAUUUAAAUCCGAAAUAAAAGUAGGCAUUGUGUUGGAAACUGAUUCCAAAGCACCAGUUGAUGAUUUUAAAGCAAAGGAGGCACCCCCUAGAGAAGGGAGGGUGUCUACCCUUCUUUCUAGACUAGAUCCUAAAAUUCUUGUACCAGUCCUGAACGAAGAAGAGGGCUAUCAUCAGAUUGGACCAGCAGAGUGUUGUAGAGACUACUUUGUUUUGUCUGUAACCAUUGCAUUUGCCACACAAUUGGAACAGUUAGUUCCUAGUACUAUGAAGCUUCCUGAGCAUCAGCCUGAGUUUUUUUUCUACUACUCAUUAUUGGGAAAUGAUGUAACAAAUGAACCUUUCACUGAUUUGAUUAAUCCAAACUUUGAACCAGAAAGAGCAUCUGUUCGAAUACGCAGCUCAGCUGAUAUCCUUCAAGUUUAUUUUUGUGCGCAGUCAAAAUUGCAGAUUCAUCUUUGCUGUGGUGACCAGUCCCUUGGAAGCACUGGAAUACCCCUGUCUGGACUACUAAAGAAGGGAAGUGUGGAGAUUGAACAACACCCAGUAGCAAUUGAAGGAACAUUUGUCCUUGUUCCACCAAACAGAGCUAAGCAAAAUCUGCCACAGUUACCUCUGGAUAUGGCUCCUACUGUUGGGGUAUCUGUAAUUCUGCAAAAGGAGUGCUUAAAUGUUCAGCCUUUGAUUCCUUCAAAUGUUCCAAUUGAACCUAAACAACCAGAGAAGAAAGUUCUUUCACCUACUGGUGGCGAGGCUUUGCAGCAGAGAUCCCAGGAUGUCCCAUCUCAAGCUGACCACUCUUCUCUAAUAGAAGAUGAAGCAACAGAAAGUGAAGCAGAAAGUCUGAAGUGUGAAAAAGGCACAGAGCUAAAGGAAGCUGGGCUAGUGGAUGAGUCUUGUAAAGAUGUUAACAAACAGUACACCGAAGAGCUCCCAGUUUUCAGAUCACAGAGCAGUGCAAAAUCUCUGCUGUUAUCAGCAGAUGAUGCCCCAGUAGCUGCACCUCAGCCCAACUCUGUGAGUGCGUCUGGCUGUUCUGAGACUGUAUCAGCACAGAAAAUUCUCAUUCCAGCAGCCUCUCACCAUUUUUGCUUUUCAAUAGACUUACGAAGUGUACGUGGUCUGGAAGUUGGUUUUCCAGUAAACUGCAUUUUAAGGUACUCCUACCCCUUUUUUGGCAGUGCAGCGCCUAUUAUGACAAGCCCACCUAUAGAAAUCAGAAAGAACAUGGAAGUUUUUCUUCCCCAGUCCUACUGUGUAUUUCACUUUGCAACUACACCUCAUCAGCUUCAAGACACGUUUCUGAGACUACCUCUGCUGGCUGAAUUGUGGCACAAGGAUAAAACAGCCAAAGACUUGCUUCUAGGGAUUGCAAGACUUCAGCUUUCAAAUGUUUUGACUUCAGAAAAAACACGGUUCUUGGGUGGCAGCGGUGAGCAGUGCUGGCGUCAGACUUUCAAUGAGACAGUCAGCGUCACAGCAGCACAAGGGUCAGACACCAGAAUCGCGGAGCUUUCAUAUGCCAUCACUUUGGAGGACUACGGACUUGUGAAAAUCCAUGAAGUUAUGGUGUCAGAUUCUUCUCAAUGUGUAGGUGCUGGCCAGCAGCGGCAUGCCACUCACACUCGGCAUCAUUGUGCUUCAGAGAAACAGCCAGAGCCUCGAGAAACUCUUGAAUACAAAGCAGCACUGGAAUUAGAAUUAUGGAAGGAAAUGCAAGAGGACAUUUUUGAAAAUCAGCUUAAAAAGAAGGAAAUGGCCCGUAUGCAAGCACUAGCAGAAGAAUGGAAGAAAAGAGAUGAAGAGAGAGAAGCAGUAGUGAAGAAAAAGGUAGCAGAAUAUACUGCUCUGGAAGAACAGCUUCAGAAAACCCUGAGAGACCUAGAUAAACGAGAACGGCAGCUUUUGACUGCUGAAUCAGAGAUUCAAAGAAUAAAGAAGGAGUUGCAAGCAGAGCAUGAACAAAAUAAGCAGGACUUACAGGAUUCUGUGCGGCGAACCAGAGAAGAAUUUGCCCACCAGGUUGAACUGGAAAGGUCAAAAAUGAAGCAGCUGGGAGAAGACAAGCUUCGUAUACAACAGCAGCUUUAUGAAGCAGAAAAUAAGUACAAAAUUUUGGAGAAGGAGUUCCAGCAAUACAAGGAACAGCAAAGUAAUAAGCCAGAAAUCCAGCUACAAUCAGAAAUAAAUCUGCUCACUUUAGAAAAGGUUGAACUUGAAAGAAAGUUGGAGUCGGCUACCAAGUCAAAGCUCCACUACAAACAACAGUGGGCCAGGGCUUUGAAAGAACUUGCAAGGUUAAAACAGCGUGAGCAAGAAAAUGCAAUGGCUCGCCUUAAAAAGCAGCAGCAAGAGCUGGAGCACAUGAGGUUGUGCUACUUGGCAGCAGAAGAAAAAGAGCUGGGGAAAACAGACCGACAGGAGCUGGAGGAUAUCAGAAAUGAACUUAACAGGCUAAAGCAACAAGAAGAGGAGAGAAAGCAGUUUCAAGAUGUUAGAGAUAAUUCUGCAAGUAAAGUGGACAGUCUUCAUACCAGAAAAUUAAAUGAGAAUGUAGAUGAUUAUCUCUCACGUCUGAUGGAGGAGAGGGAUACCUUGUUGAGAACAGGAGUGUAUAAUCAUGAGGACCAUAUUGUAAGUGAACUUGAUCGUCAAAUCAGAGAGGCUAUGGCAAAAAGAAAUGCCACUAAAUAAAAGCAUAGAAAGAGCUGUUAAAAACAGCCUGAAUUUGAGUAGGGUUGCUGACAUUUUUAAACCUUCCUCUUCAGAAAUGUGUGGUGAUGCACAAUUUUGCACAUUGUUAGCUGUUUUUGAAGCCAGUGUCAAGGUUUGCAGUGCGUGAUGAUAAGUGAGGUUGUAAGGUUCAAGGGGGGUGGCUGUUUUUAGUGGUUUUUUACUCUUGUACAUCCAAAUAUAUUUAUAUUCUGAAGUUUUUUCUACCAUCAUGGCUGGGUUCGUUUUUAAGAUAUUUAAUAAUCCUUCUCAGCGUUUUGAUCAGUAUUCCAAUUUUUUUAGAGUGUCAGCAGCUCUUUUCCCAGAUUGAAUUCUCAGUUUUGACCCAAAAUGCAGCUCCUUAACAAUUGUCACUUCUUAUUAAACAACAAGCUAAUCAAUUUUUACUUAUGCAACUGCAGUCAAAGUAGCUACGUUUUAUAGUUAAUUUUUCUUUUUAGGGGCAGGCAUUUAAUUGGAAGGGGAAGAGCUCUCAAGCCUUGUGAAACUGAAACUGAUUGGAAUGUUAAGUAACUGGUGGGAUCAUACAGAAUGAAAAUCCCUUUGUCCUAUCAGCUUUUCACAUAAGACUGUAAGGGUGAACCCAGCCUUUGUUCAGAAAUACGUGUGUGUUCUUCUGUCUGUCCUGUGUGAGGGAUGAUGUUUGAGUCACUUAAUUCAGAGGUUUUUAAACACUUCAGGUGCAGGGCAGUCUGUUUGAGUAGUUCUAAAAGCAUUAAUGGGGAUCUUGCUAAUUACAUAAACUUAAAGCACUGUCUUUUAAUGGGGAUUUUUGUCCGUCAGUUUGAAUCUUGAGCAUUGAGGAAGUGUCUCUAAUCAGGCAAAGCAUAACAGGUCCUAUGCAAAACAUUUAUUUCUGUGAACUUGCAUGGGUACAACCGUAUAUGUAUUGCCUUCCUAUUUUUUAUGGUGUAAAUCAUAGAACAGUGCAUCUGACUUUGCCCAGCACGGGCCUGUUUCUCACUAAUAAAGCUUGGGUUUUAGGCCCCUUAAGGUUUUAAUGUAGCUACUUAUACUCAGAUGUUAUUCUCUGUGGGGAUUUACUGCUCAUCAGAGUCAGACUAUAUAAGCAAUUAUUUUGUAAUGCUUCCCACACCUGUAUCUUUUCAAAUGAACAUCUUCAGAAAGAUUCUGCUCCACUAGGAAAGCAAGUAACACCUUGAUAAAUCCUGCACAGAUCCACAGCAUGCAACUUUAAGUUUUUAUGUUAAUAUGUCUGUUAUCGUCAAUGCAUGACCGUGCAUUACUGGAAAUGAAACAGGAGGGAUUCUUCUGUCUUAACUAGAAGGCUUUGCAGGACAUCGCUCUUGAAAUUGCUUCUUUGGCAAGAUGUGCAGUUUCUUUCUUCAACACAAGGGGGUCCAUGAGACUUAGAGAUUGCAGUGUGUUUAAUACGUGUUUUCAUGACUGCAGAUUUUUUUACCUGAUUCUGUGACUUUUUCAGGUGUUAUAUAAUUUAAUAAACUUCUGUUUUUAGUAUUAA